UGCAGUUGCUGAUUUCCCAGGAGCAAACUUCAUAUCUACUUUAAUUUGUCGAUCGACCUUGAAUUGAGUCUUUAAUUUCAAGUUUCAACACACGAGCUUCAGCCACGCACACCAGUCAACUUUAAAGCCCUAGGAUCAUGGCUGGAUUAUGUUCGACUCAUUUGUUGAGCUUGACACUAUUAGUGGCUGCACUUCUCUCUAAUGGAGAGGUGUUAAGAUUUGAUUUAGAAAGGGAAAUGAGCAAAGAAUAUAACCUAAGCCAUUUGCAACAACAUGAUCGACUCAGAAAUAUACGACACAUUCAACCGUACAGUAAUAAUGGUGCAGUGAAUCUCCCAGUUGAAGGAAGCUUUGACACCGGGCUUUACUAUACACGAAUUCAAUUGGGAUCUCCUCCAAAGGAAUUCUGUGUACAAAUAGACACAGGAAGUGAUGGUUUGUGGGUGAACUGUGCUUCUUGUAGAGAUUGCCAACACGAAAGUUUGCUAGAGGCUCAACCAGCAUUCUUUGACCCAUCAACCUCAACCACAUCCGGAUUCAUUUCAUGCUCAGACGACAAAAUUUGCACUGGGGACGGAUCCGGAUGUUCUGCCCAAAACCAUUACACCCACUAUUAUCAUUAUGGGGGAGGUUAUUGGGCAUUGGUUGAUUACGUGUACGAUGUCAUCCACUUGGAGAAAUCUAGUGGAACAUCAGCUAUCAACACUUCUACCCAAAUUAUUUUUGGAUGUGCAACUCAACGCCAAGGCGCAGAAAGUCUGAAUGCUCCAAUUGACGGAAUAUUUGGACUUGGAGUUCAACAAAUCUCUACCAUCAACCAGCUCUCAGCAAACGGAGUAAUGCCUCCGGUAUUCUCUCAUUGCUUGAAAAGAAGCGGUGGUGGUACAUUGGUGCUCGGGCAAGUUGAGGAGCAAAAUAUUGUUUACACGCCAAUAGUCGGAGGACCAAAUUACAAUGUGGAGCUGCAGAGUAUUUAUGUCAAUGGCCAACAAGUACCAAUUGAUCCACAAGCAUUUGGUACUAAUAAUGGCGGUACAAUAUUUGACUCUGGAACAAUUAUGGCUCACAUUGUGUCGGAGGCACAUGAUCCUCUAAUCAAUGCAAUCAACCAGGUUGUAUUGACAUAUGCUAAUGUGCUUAUGGGGGAUAUUCAAUGCUAUGCAUCCACAACCAGGGUGUUUUCUAUUUUCCCAAUAUUGCGUUUCAAUUUUGCUGGAGGUGCUUCAAUGACGUUAAGGCCAAUUGAUUACCUUAUACGUCAAGAUUCUGUGGAUGGAGCUGGACAUUGGUGCUUGGGACUUUUGAAAUCUGAAAGAGUAUCUGUUUUAGGAGAUCUUAUCUUGAAAGACAAGAUUGUUGUAUACGACCUAUUGAACCAACAGAUUGGAUGGACAGAUUAUGAUUGAACUUUUCCAUUAAAGAAUAGUCGGGUGAAUUGGACAAAUACCCAGUGGCGUAUCCAGAAAUUCCGGCUCUCAACCAAUAAAUAUUUCCAUAUCCAAGCCCAUCCGCAGGAAGAGUAGACCUUCACGCCAUCUGCGCCACAGCAUUAUAGCAAUAAUUGUUAUAACAUCAUUUUUACUGUGUUUGCUUUUAAUACAACGAGUACUCGCAUGUUUGGGUAAAGCAAGACAAGAACAUACAGAUUCUCCAGCUCAGGAAAUGGAACAAUUUUCUUAGCUUGCUGAUUCUGCAUGUACUUCAAUUCAUAUUUUUUGUGCAUGGCCUGGGCAGCCCACUGAUUGUAUAUGUAGUUGUAUACUACCUCCAUCCCACUAAGAUUGGGACGGAAGAAUGUGGCACGAUUAGUAAGAAAUGUGGGUUUGUGUGGUUGAUAUUAAAUUGAUAAAGUAAGAAUAAAGUAAGAAUGAUUUAGAGUCACACAAUAUUUACCAAAUUUGGUAUGAGACAAUCUUAGUGGGACUUCCCGAAAAGGUAAAAUGGGACAAUCUUA